AUGGACGCGAGUUAUGGCGUUAGAGCAAACGUGAUCAAGUCAGAGGGCUAUAGCUCGCUUAGCGCCAGUCGACAUACCCCCGAUAUCAAUCCUACUUUCAGUGCUUCUAUUCCAUCUGACUCUUAUAAUGUUAUAGGUGCGGAUACAACUGCCACUGCAAUGAGUGGUACGGUACAUUCUUCUUUCUGGCCCACAAAACCGACCUUCUUCAACCGAUUGACAAAGGAGAUUCGCACCACUUUUGCCAACGAAGAAGAAAUCCGCACAGGGGACCUACUCAACUCGUGUAAGCUUUUGCAAGCAUGUAUCAAUGGAACAAUGCGACUUACUCCGCCUGUUGCCACUACGAUCCCGCGAACCGUGUUGAGCGGAGGCUUGGUGGUCGAUCAAGAACUUAUCCCUGAGGGGACCAUGGUCGGUACAACGACUUACGCCAUCCAGCGGAAUGCGAGCUAUUUCCAAUCUCCAGACGAGUACUGCCCAGAUAGAUGGAUAGUUAAUCCAGAGAUGGGGGUAGACGAGGAAAGCAUCAAAAUUGCCAAUCAGGCAUUUUGUCCAUUUAGCAUUGGAGCGCGCUCUUGCGUGGGGUGGAAACUUGCUUGGACCGAGCUAGAUGUACCAUUUCUCGGGUCCUGUUUCGAUAUGAUAUGCGGUUGGCACCUGACUCUCGAUGCUGCGGCGGAAAACGUGAUGAUUGUGCCUUUAGAUUGA